AUGGGGUCCAUCACGGAGCUUGAAGACUCGCUCAAUAUGCUCCUCAAGGUCAUGGCGUCUGCGAUUGCAUAUCUCUCGCGCAAAUCAGGGCACACACCAGUGAAUGCGCAAGUUCCGCUGACAGUUCUUGGAAAUACUGAGGCACUUCCGCCAGAGACCUUGGAGGCCAGCCGCGAUGAGCUCGUGCAAGACCUGAUUUCACAAGCCAAGGACGUGCAGCGUCGCAUUGAUGCACUCCCUUCACGAGAUAUUUCAGAGGAUGAGCAUGUACGUGGAUGUUGCCUAGUGACUCUUUUGAUUCGUAUUGGACAGUGUCGUACUGACGCUUUUGGCAGUUAG